AUGGUCGACCAAGUCCAGAACCUCAACACCACCAUAGUCCACGCAGCCGUCAGACCCUCCAUGGCCGGCUGGUGGCUGCAACUCCCACAUUCGGUGCGCUUCCUGCAGGCCUGCCUGAUGUACAUCGACCCCACUCUAUGCCUAUGUGUGUCCUUAAUGCACAUGAGUCACGACCUUCACGGUUAUGUCAGUCUUUACGACCUGUACGAUCUUGAAUACCUUCAGCUUCGAUAUCCCUUGUGCGUGAUGAAUCUCGACAAUCUAUGA